AUCCUAGUCGCCACAUCCCCAUCAGGUUCAGGUUCAGGUUCAUGUUCAGAAUGACGGCAUCGUCAUCAUCACCGAAGCGGAUGCUACCUUUGCUUUCACUGCCCCUGCCCCCACUCUCGCAGAGGGUCACCCACCAGCUCCUCCCAGACGGAUACACCCCUUCGCCCACGUCACUCAUCUCGACGCAGGACUCGACACCCAGCUUGAUCAGGCGUUCAAGACCUGUACCGCACGGAGCAGCCUUUUCCUAUGUCAGCCCUCUGACGCUACCCUUCCCCUAUGAGUUCCCAAAGGAAGAGGUCAAGGCCGCCAAUGCCGCUACUCAGAAUGGUGGCAAGGAGGGGAUUGGCGAGGAGAGCGCGGAACAGCAGUACGAGAGACAGAUGAAUCAGGUUGAGGGGGUGCUGCGACGCUACGAGGUGGCGCCAUCUGAUCUUGCAGCACCCGCAUACCCAGCGAAAAGCAAAGAUGGACUGGCUGGUUACGUCGCAGUAGGCAAGCAGUCCCAAUCCUACCCAUCAGCCCGCCUCCUCGGUAUUAGCCCUGCCGCUCUCGAGGACUGCCUCCCUGAGCUCGACGUGGGCGAUUCAUUCGACUUCAUCGCAAAGACGACGGGGCGUGAUGGGCCGGACACGUACAGCUCAGGUCCCAUGGCUCAGCAGCCCACCAGCGACGAGGGCAAGGCUCGCUAUCAGCUUUCCGACGUGCUGGGAGGCAGAGCUUGGCCUGCCGUCCUCCCUUCCAAUGAGGCAGAGCUCGACGAUUUCUCAGGCUGUGGAGUCUAUGCGCGCAAAGUCGCGGACGACUGGAAGAAGGAGGAUGCUGUGCAACGUUGGGAGAGGAGAAAGCGCGAGCUAGCCACACGGCGUCAACAGUCUAGCUACGCCGGCUGGUCACAAGCAUAUGCCGGCCAUCAGUUCGGAAGCUGGGCAGGACAGCUAGGGGACGGGCGCGCCAUCACCCUCUUUGAGACGCUCAACAAUACCGUCGACCCGCCCGAGAGAUGGGAAGUACAGCUGAAGGGGGCAGGUCGCACGCCUUACUCCCGGUUUGCCGACGGGCUCGCCGUCCUUGCCAGCAGUGUGCGAGAGUAUCUGGGCAGCGAGAUCAUAGCAGCCAUGGGAAUUCCGACCAGUCGAGCGCUCGCUGUCGUCUCACUGCCAGACGUCGACGUGAUGAGGGAGCGAAGGAACCCUGCUGCUAUCACGACCCGCCUCGCUCAGUCGUGGAUUCGCAUCGGCUCCUUUCAGCUACCAGCAUCAAGAGCAGACUGGGAAGCCGUCCGUUUGAUGGGAGAGUAUGUCUCACGCGUACUGUUUCGUUUUGACGGAGUCCCCGAAUCGCAGGAGAGCGAUGUACAGCGCCAGCCCUGGGCGAAGAAGCUCCUACUGGAAGCUGCCCGUCGCAAUGCACGUAUGGCCGCCGGCUGGCAAAGCGUAGGCUGGACGCACGGUGUGCUCAACACGGACAAUAUCUCCAUUCUUGGUCUUACGAUCGACUAUGGUCCGUACGGCUUCCUCGAUAUAUUUGACCAAGAGGCCACGCCUAACCACUCGGACGACAUGGCCCGCUACUCUUACAAGAUGCAGCCCAGCAUGGUGCUGUUCGCUAUCAAGCACCUCGCUACCUCGCUCAGCCCCAUCCUAGGAUUCGAGGAUAAGCACGGCCGUGCUCCUAGCCCUGGCGAGCUUGUGAGCAUGAAGCCCGAAGACCUCGAGGAGCUUUCCGAAGCAGGGGAAGCGCUUGUGCGGGCCGAUGUGGAUCAGACCUUCGUCGAUGAGACGAUGCGCGAAUGGAAGCGCCUCUUCCGCAACAAGCUAGCGCUGGAGAAGGAGGAGCAAGACGAGAAGAGCGCCCUUCUCGAUCCUUUGCUAGAGGUGCUCGAGGGACUAGAUUUUACGUUGACUCAGCGCAAGUUGAAGGACUUCCUGCCUGUGCUCGAGGAAAGCGUUCAAGGGGCGGCGGAUCAGGAGGAAGGGAUUCAAAAGGCCGUGGACUCGUUUGUACCUACGUGGUAUGAUGGGACGCGCGUGCUCGAGUACCUCAAGGACGACAAGCGGGAGCAAGCGGUCAAAUGGCUCACCAGCUUCGCGCAGAGGACUUUGAGGGACUUGGGCGAUGACGGGGUGAAAGCAGCAGGGUGGGGCACAGCCCGCUCAGCAGGAAUGGCUGCGCAUUGCCCGCGCUUCGUGCUCCGCAAUUGGGUCGGGCAGGAGGUGGUGCAGCGUCUCGAGGAGAAGCACGAUACUGCUUUCCUGCAGAGGGUCUUGGAGAUGUGCUUGCAUCCGUACGAGGAGUGGGGAUCGGCGAGGGACGGUAAGAGUGAGGAGGUGCUCGAAGAGGAGAGGAGGUUGUGUGAGGUGGGCACGCCUUUGGAGAGAAAUAUGCCUUCGUGCUCGAGCUAGUCGUGCGCACCAACAUGGAGAGCUGAGCGUGUCGGCGCUCCAUCACCUUUUCUAUCUUACC